UCUUAUUGGACUUUACAGUUUCAAUUCCCAUUUACUUCCAAUUCAUCAAUCCAAUGGCGUUGAUUCGAGUUCACCGCCGCCGGAUUUCUCUACCGGCGGUGGCGGUGACGGUGGUGGUGGUGGUUUUUAUGGUGGGAUUUUGUUGGAGCGGGAGUGUGGGACACAUGCCGUCGACGGCGGAGGAGGCUCGAGACUACCAAGAAAUGAAGAACAAGGCGGCGGCGAAAGAUGAGAAGGAAAGAGAUCAGUCGGCGGAGACGUGGACGGAAUGGGCAAAAGAGAAAAUCUCCGGCGGACUUGGACUGAAAAAUGAACACCGUGAAGAUGGCGGCGUUAAGAAAGUUACUGAUUUCACUUCUGAUACCGCCGAAAAGGCCAAGGACAAAAUCCAGAAUGUUGCUUCAGAGGCAGGGCAAUAUAGUGCUGAAAAGGCCAAAGAAAUGAAGGACACGGCGGAGGAGAAGGCCAGGGAGGGUAAAGACAAGGCAGCCAAAAUGGCAGACUCGGCCAGGGGAACCGCAGCCGAGAAGACGACCGAAGCGGCAGAGAAAGCGAAAGAACAAGCAUACAAUGCGGCGAAAGUAGCCAAAGACAAAGUCACCUCCUUAAAAGACAAAGCUGAAGAAACCUCUGGUGAGGCGACCGAGAAAACGAGGGAAGCGGCGGAGGAGGCGAAGGAGAGAGCGGCCACGGGAGCGAGGGAGGCGAAGGAGAAAGCGGGAGAGAUGGAGGAGGCGGCAAAAGUGAAGGGGAAGGAGGCGAAGGAGAGAGCGGAGGAGGAGGCGGAGAGGGCGGAGGAGGCCGCGGAGAAGCGGAAGAGUUGGGCGAAGGAGGGGUUCGAGGCUGUGAAAGGGAAAGCAGAGGAGGUGGUGGAGGCAGCGAAGGAGAAGAUAGGGGAGCAAUACGAGGCAGCGAAGAAGAAGUCGCAGAGGAUUAAAGACGACGUGGUUCGGUCGGAGGCGGAGAUCGGGGUGGACGACGAGCUUUGAAGAACUCCGGGCGGGGACUUCGUGUAUAUAAAGGGAGAGUAUGAAAGUCGUUGGAAGGUUCCUUUUCGAGUGAAAAGGCGUUUUGAGGGAAGAAGGUGAUUUCAUGUGUGUUGGGUUCGAUGUGUGUGUAUAUGAUGAAAUAUGAUAAAAUGGGUGUUUAAAAUCGUUUUUGGUGCUUUAAUUUUGUGUUUGUGUUUUUUGUUUUCCUUCUUUUAAGGAUGAAGCUUUGUGUUUUUUCCCUUAAAUAAUUAUUGGAAUCUAUAAGAAAUUUUAAAGAGACG